AUGGGUUCUAAAGAGGUCCAAACGUAUGCUGGAGACAUGGAUUUCCGUAUCUCAGAAAACUCACUUCCGCCGACCUGGGACUUCGACAAAAAUGAUUCUUUCAUCUACUCGCGUACAGAUAGUUGCCGUGUUUAUCAUAGUGGUCUCCGGAUCUAUGACGAUGGCCGAGAAUGUCGUCCUGAUGGGACCACACAAUUUCCACCAGAGGGCUGCCGAAUUCGGUAUUAUGCUACAGAAGAAGAUGUCCCAUAUACGAAGUCUGCCUUGGAGAACGAAUUAGGACAGGGUGCGUAUGGUAAAGUCGACGUCGUGGAGGCGACCCAUGGGCAGAAGUCACAAGAUAGUCGCAAAUUUGCUCGCAAAGAGUUUCACCAUAGAGGCACGUUCGAUUCAUCCAGCAAGUCCGCAGCACAACAAAAUCUGGAAAGAGAGAUCGAUAUAUACAACAAAUUGGAAAAAGAACAACCGACGCAGCACAGGGUCAAGAUUGUUGAUGCGUACACAGUUGGCAUGAAGCGCUUCUUCUUGAUUAUGCACCCCGUUGCGGAAGGCAGAACGCUCCAGAAUAAGCUUUACGACUUUGCGUUCGACAGAGAAAAUAGAACUGCGGAUGAAAUUGCAAUGCUUCGUCGCGCGAUUGGCUGUCUCACUGUGGCCAUCGCGAGGUUACACGAUAAGGGAUUCCGCCAUCGGGAUCUACAUCCUGGGAACAUACUAUUACACGGGGGCGAAAUUCUAGUAUGUGACUUCGGAGCCUCUUUACAUACACAAUAUAAACAACGAAGCACGACCUCAACCGAUUUUCCACCGAAAAUGGAGCGAUAUGCAGCACCGGAGGUGAUAUCUUCGCUAGGAAAGCGAAACAAGAUGGCAGACGUGUUCUCCCUGGGUGCAAUUCUGUUCGAGAUUGUGUUUGCUAUAUGGGGCCGUGAGGAACUCGAUGAGAGCUUCAGAGAUGGUGGUUACCGGUAUGAGGCUCGGAUAGAUGAAGUUGAAAAAAUGUGCGAUCCCAGCUCUGGUGGCUCGGGCAUGUUAUGGGACAUAGCGCAGAUGUUACAACGCAAUCAGCAGAAUCGCCCUCUGGCGAAAACUGUGGCCUCUCGGAUUUUAAAUAGACUGGAGUCUGAUAAAGAUCCGUUGAUGUGUUCUGAUUGCGAAGGAUGGCUCAGGGAAAGCGGUGAGCCACAAAAGUUACGUGACGAAGUCCAGGAAAUAAUGGAAAGAGUCAGAAAACAAACAGAACUUCAGGAAAGAAGGGAAAAGCGUCAAGCCCUCAAGAAUCUUUCUGUGAAAAGAACUCGGUCCUUUGGAAAUUGA